AUUUAUAUAUCAAACAACAUGGCCAGUGGCGGUUUUCGUCUUCGUUUUGGUGAAAAUCAUUCUGUUCAAGAAGAUCGUAACAGCACAACAGAGUCUCCAUCACGACGUACAACUAGGAUAAGGGCCAAACCAAAGAAGUAUGGUGAUUUCCUAGAUGACUCUCCUGUAAAGCGAAGGACUUACAAAGAUAUAAGCUCCUCUGAAGAAGACAGUGAAAUAACCGAUGAAGCUGUUUUACCAAAACCCACAGCGCUAUUUACUGAAGAUGAUGUCGAAGGCCAGGACAUGUUCAAGUUUAAAUCACGUCACACAAAGCAGGAUUUACAAAACAGAGUGAAGACAGCUAUUUAUUCUCCAAAAACUGUUGAUUCACCAAUGAAAACUCCAAAGAAACUCCAGUCUUUCAUUAAAGUGGCACAGGAAACACCCAAACAGGUUAAGGAGAUAAUGAGAAAAAGAAUCUGUAAUGAAGUGGACUCUGAUAGUGCUGACAGUGAUUUUUCUGGCAGCAGCAGUGACUUUGUUCCUGACCCUAGUGACCAUGAUGAGACUGAUUCAAGUUCAUCAGAAGAGGCAUCAUCUGAUGAAGUAGAACAACCAAAGAAAGUAGUGGGUAAAGCUGUUAAAGGCAGAGACAACAAGACUAAAGUUAAGGAUUCGGAAUAUUAUGUCACCCCUGACAAUUACUUCAUUAUGCACUCCAGCAAAAAAAUUGCUACUUCCGACCAUACUUUGGCAAGACUGAAAAACUUAAACAUCGAUGAGAAUAAUGUUGAUGAUAUUCAAAUAUCAGUGGAACAUAAAGAAAUUAUAAAAGAACUGAAUCAUUCCUAUACACAACUAUUUAAUAAGUGGCUAUAUGUGUUAAGUGAAAAUUUCAAUAUCAUACUUUAUGGAGUUGGUUCUAAGCGCUCAGUGCUCCAACAGUUCCAAAAACAGAAACUUAAAGACUUUCCAUGUAUUGUUGUUAAUGGCUUCUUCCCUAGUUUAACAAUUAAGAGUAUUUUGGAAACGAUUGUAAUCGAUCUCUUGGAAAACACCAAUGUUCCUUCAAAUAUAGGAGAUGUUGUGAAUCUAAUUGAUACUCAGUUGAAGGAAAAUGGCGUUAACUUGUUUCUAAUAAUACAUAACAUAGACGGCACUAUGUUGCGAAAUGCAAAAGCUCAAUCUACAUUGGCAAGUAUAUCGCAAAUCAGAAAUGUUCAUACGAUUGCCACUAUUGACCACAUUAAUGCUCCUUUACUAUGGGAUCACACAAAACUGAGUAAAUUCAAAUUUACAUGGUGGGAUGUGACAACAUUUGUUCCUUACUCUGAGGAGACUUCUUACGAGAACUCCUUGAUGUCGCAUCGCAGCGUUGCUUUACAGCUGUCUUCAUUGAAAAGUGUAUAUCAGUCACUUACUACAAAUGCUAAAGGAAUAUUCAAAAUUAUUAUAGAAUAUCAAUUAGAAAAUCAGAAACAAAAUUAUCAAGGACUGCCAUUCAAAGAUUUGUAUUCCAAAUGCCGAGAACAAUUUUUGGUGAGUUCCGAUCUUGCAUUACGCGCUCAACUCACUGAAUUUUUGGAUCACAAAUUGAUAAAAAUGAAACGCACAUACGACGGAAGUGAAAAUUUGGUAAUACCCAUUGAUGUUACAUUACUGCAACAGUUUUUAGAUCAACAAACUAGUUGACAAAUAUGUGUAUGAUCUACCUUAUCAGUGUGUGAUGAUUUUAAAUAAAUUUGUAAGUGAUGUAUGUUUCACUCAUUUCAUUUCCUCCCAUCUGUAAAAUAAUGGGCAGGUAGGUAAAUGAAACAAAAAAAUAUAUUUAGCUUUUAUUUUACAA